AUGAUUAUUGCAACCUGGAAUGUAAGGGGAUUGCAGCAACUCCCCACCCAAGCUGCAAUCGUCGAUUUUGUACGAACACAUAAGAUCGACGUCAUGGGUCUUUUGGAAACAAAGUACAAGAAGGAGAACUACACUUUCUUCCUCAAGAACAACUUCAGGGAGUGGAAAGCCAUGGAAAACUUCGAGAUGAUCGAGAAUAGUCGUAUGCUACUUAUGUGGAAUCCGAGCAAAGUGACCCUCGAGCCGAUUAGAGUGGAAGAACAAGCCAUCUACACCAAAAUCAGGUGCUUGACUUCCAAUAAUACGUUCCAUUUUGUUUUGGUCUAUGGUUUGCAUACUAUACCGGUUAUAGACCCACUUUGGGACUCGUUAGUUAAACAUGUGGUGAAGGACGAGCCGACACUUGUUAGCAGUGACUUCAACAACGUGCUCGCUGAGGAUGAAAGAGUGGAAGGAUCUGUCCAUACGGAAUAUGAGAUUAAGAACAUGGUGGACACGUGUGCCUUGCUCGGUUUGGAAGAUAUCAUGUCUAUGGGAUGCAAGUACACUUGUAAGAACCAUGCGAUAUCGAGCAAGAUUGAUAGGGCCAUGAUCAAUGACGCUUGGUUCACCAAAGGAUACGUGGCUAGUACAGAGUUUUUGCCAUCAAGACCGUACACAGACCACUCACCGACCGUCACUACCCUCUUUGAAUUCAAGAAGCAUCUCAAGCAGUUCAACAUCAAGGAGUUCAGUGAGCUCUCAAAGAGGGUCAAGGAGACCGGGGAAAAGCUUGAGGCGCUGCAAAAACAAGCAGACAGGGACACAUCAGAUCUUGCCCUUCGGGUCCAGAUCACCAAUCAGAAGAAGAAGACUGCCUACCUUGAGAAAUUUGAAAGGGAGUAUUUUAAGCAAAAAGCUAUAUUCAAGCAUUUACUCCUUAGCGAUCGCAGUACUUCGUUCUUCCAUUCUCUUGUUAAAAGGAACAACUCACGCAAUUAUAUUGCAUUCCUCUACAGGAGAGACGGUACCAUCACGAGGGACCAAGAGGAAAUCAUUAGUGAGUUCGUGAAAUUUUACUCGACACUCUUGGGAACCAAGAAGGAGCCGGAACCCAUCAAGGUGGACAUCUGUAGGCAAGGCCCACUUGUGAGUGAGGAGGAUAGUCGGGUCAUGGUGCGGCCCAUCACGGUCGAGGAGAUCAAAGAAGCCUUGUUCGAUAUUGGGAACGACAAGGCACCGGGGCCCGAUGGCUACUCCUCGGCAUUCUUCAAGAAGCAAUGGGAGAGAGUCGGCAAAGACGUGGUUGAAGAAGUCAAAGAAUUCUUUGAGAAGGGCCAAUUGUUGAAGAACUUCAACACUACGGUGAUCUCUCUGAUUCCGAAGACUUCAAUCAACCCAACGGUGGGAGAUUACAGGUCUUUCUCCUACUGUUACGUCUUCUACAAGAUCUUCACGAAGAUCCGUUCGAGGAGGAUGGCGCCAUUACUAAAGCUCGUGGAUAACGCACAAUCGGCAUUCAUACCGGGGAGACACAUCAUGGACAACAUCCACCUCGCUCAAGGGCUCAUACGAGGGUAUGCAGAAAAGAAGAAUGCUCCUAAGUGUACGGUCAAGAUCUCAGAUCCAUCCUACAUGUGUUGA